AAACCAAACAAUGACGUGGGUAGUCGCUCUGUGUCUGGGGCUGUUGUUGCCCCUGGGUCACUCCAAGACAGUCCACAUCUACGUCAGCCCCAAGGGCUCAGACGGGAACUCGGGGUUGGAUGCCGCCCACCCGGUUGCCACCCUGGACAAGGCCAGGCAGUUACUGGACAGCAGUGGGAUCAAGGACAACACGGUGUACGUGGAACUGAUGGGAGGCUACCACAACCUGCAGUCCACCCUACACUUCACCCACGCCUACUCCCAGCCUGUCACCUUCAGAGCCUACAAGGACCAGGAAGUCCACGUGACAGGAGGCAAGCAGAUAUCAGCGAACCUGUUUUCCAAGGUGACAGACACAGACGCCCUCAAGAUGCUGCCAUCAAAUGUAAUAUCAAAGGUGGUGCAGGUGCACCUACCAAGUGCCGGCAUCACCGACUACGGCACGAUGUCCAAGUUCGGCACCUAUUACUCCAGAACGUCAUGGCUGGAGAUCUUCAUCAACGGGGAGCCAGCCAGAUUAGCCCAGUUCCCCAAUGACAUAUUCCUGAACAUCGUCUCUGUUCCGCUUGGCCAACAUGGCAAGACCUUCACCUACAAGACACCCGAAGACUCCAGAUGGGCGCACGAGAAGGAACCAUGGGGCUAUGGAUACUGGAUGUACAGCUGGUCGGAUGAUGCUACGAAAAUCGGCCACCUUGACACCCAGAAACAUCAGAUGACUAUUGUAAACGAGACGAACUAUGGCCUGAGAGUAGGUCAUUACAGCCCGAUCCAUCUUGCCUAUGCUGACAAUCAGGGUGGUUACUUCAGGAUGAUCAACAUGCUCUCAGAGCUGGAUCUGCCGGGAGAGUUCUUUCUGGACCGGUCCAAUGGCAACCUGUACAUCUGGCCCAACACAAAGUCCGGCACCUUGGCCUCCUCUGACAUCAUCACCGUGUCCCUCAUCGACGACUGCAUCAGCAUGGACCCAGGCGUGAAUAACCUCAAUUUUGAGGGGUUCACUUUGGAAGCGUGUCGACGCAAUGGCAUCACGGGAAACGGUCUUAACAACAUCAACGUUCAAAACUUGGACAUUAAGAAUUUGGGUUCGUAUGGCGUUGACAUCAGGGCAAGUAGCAACAUCACUGUAUCCCGGUGCGACAUCCAUUACACCAACGGUGGUGUCAGUUUGUACGGUGGCGACCGGAUUACACUAACACCAUCCGGUAACGUGGUCGAAGACAACCAUAUUUGGAUGUUUGCCCGUGUAGGGGGCACUGGCUAUAACGCUAUCACUAUUGAUGGCGUCGGCAACGUUGCCCGUUACAACCACCUCCACGACGGCCAAUACACAGGGUUGAUGUGGAGGGGUAACGACAAUAUAAUGGAGUACAACCACAUUCACCACAUGUGUGUGAACAGCACUGAUUGUGGCGGGGUACACUCUGGCAGAGAUUGGGCCGCACGUGGCAACGUGAUCCGAUACAACCACAUCCACCACGUAAUAAAGCGUAUGCCGGGUGCAGAAAACAGAGGCAUCAUGCUCGACGACAUGUACUCCAGCGUCCUCAUCGAACACAACGUCUUCUACAAGAACCAAUACCACGUCAAUAUCGGCGGAGGUCGUGACAACAUCGUACGCCACAACGUCUUCUACGAUGCUGUUGACUUCCCCCUCAAUGUGGACUUCCGUGGUAUCCUGUAUAAUACCACUGGGGGCAACCUCUUUGCAAAAUUGGCGACCGUUCCAUACAAGACCAAGCUGUGGUCAGAGAGGUACCCCAAACUGGCCGUAAUAGACUCCAAUCAUCCUAUGUAUCCAAUGGGUAAUGUGAUCUACGAGAACGCCUUCUACAACAAACGUGGACCAGGUAUCGUUCAAUUCCAUGGCAAUGGUCUCGAAAAGAAGGAAUACUACAACAUUUAUGAUAACUUCAAGGCCAGUCCUGCUGAUUUUUGGUCGCCUAGUGAACAUGACUACCGGUUCCGGUGUUCAGCAGAAACCUGGGCCAAACAAAACUCAUUUCCACAGCCUAUCGAUAUCAAUGCUAUAGGACCGCGUCAACCCACCGGGCCUAAAUACAUGCAGAAAGCUAUACAACAGUAUCACAGCACGGCACAUCCGGCUUCAUGCAGCGGGUCUAUAAUAGGAUAAUACACCCAGGACUUCAACAGGCGUUUUGAUAUGACGACAUGAGUGUCUGUAAUAAUACCAAUAAAGUUGUGCAUGUUAUAUAUGUGUCGUGAAACUAA